UUUAAAGUGAGAAACCUGUGAUCCUAAAUGAUUAAUACACAUUUAUAACUGCAGUCUUUGAGCCUUUGACAGACAUGUAUGUGUGUGUGUAUGAUUUAUGUGGUUCGUAUUGUAUGUAAGAACUAGAUGUGGACUAGUAUUAACCGUGGUGGACUGACGGAUUGGUUGAUUGAUUGACAGUGGUUGGCCUCUGUGAGCCGUUUUUUUCAAGAGAGAGACCCGCUCGGAUUCACGACUUCGAGCCGGGGCUGUUAAACGUAGCUGCUGUUCGUGGUACCCGGGCAGAGAGCCGCCGCCCGCCUGCGUUUCCACCCCUUAAACAACUUCCUGAUUCAAGGGCCAGUUGGGGAUACUGAUAAAUCUGCACGGCCCCGUCUCACUCCGCCCACUGUGGGAGCUGCAGGCAGCACGGAACAAUCGCUUCAUUCUUCGAAUCGCAAAAAGGGAAAACUUUUACCAGACUGACCCGCUUCAUCCGUCACAGGGGCUGAAGCAUGACUCGUCGUGUGGCGGUGGUUGGAGGAGGCAGUUCGGGUCUGGCCUGUAUCAAGUGCUGCCUGGACGAGGGGCUGGAGCCUGUCUGCUUUGAAAGCAGUGAUGACAUCGGGGGUCUGUGGAGGUUCAAGGACAAUCCUGAGCCGGACAGGGCCAGCAUCUACCACUCUGUCAUCAUCAACACCUCCAAGGAGAUGAUGUGUUUCAGUGACUUUCCAAUCCCCGCACACUUCCCAAACUACAUGCACAACUCCCUCAUCAUGGACUACUUUCGGAUGUAUGCUGACCACUUCCAGCUCACCAGGCACAUACGCUUCAACACCAAGGUUUUGCAGGUGAAGAAGAGAUCAGAUUUCUCUCACUCAGGUCAGUGGGAUGUUGAAACCGAGAACCAGGACGGCAAAAAGGAGAAACACAUUUUUGAUGCUGUGAUGAUCUGUAUUGGACAUCACUGCCACCCCAACCUGCCUCUCCGUGACUUCCCAGGCAUUGAAACUUUCCAGGGAAAGUAUUUCCACAGUCGAGACUACAAGACUCCUGAGGAGUGGAGGAAUAAAAAGGUUGUAGUGAUUGGAAUAGGCAACUCUGGAGGAGACAUAGCAGUGGAGCUCAGCAGAGUCACCAAACAGCUUUACCUGAGCACUCGAAGGGGAGCCUGGAUUCUGAACAGAGUUGGGGACAGUGGCAUACCUAUUGAUUUACUUUUUAAUAGGGUGGUUAACUAUCUACGGAAAAUUCUUCCCUUCAAUGUUUUCUGUGGUCUGGGAGAGAGCCGGCUCAACCAAAGAUUUGAUCACAGUCUGUACAAUCUUAAGCCAAAGCACAGGUUGUUCAGCCAACAUCCCACAGUGAAUGAUGAACUUCCCAACCGCAUCCUAUCUGGAACAGUUCAGGUGAAACCCAACAUCCGCAGAUUACAAGGGUCCAGUGUGGAGUUUGAUGACGGGAGUGUAGUGGAAGAUAUUGACCUGGUGGUGUUUGCCACAGGUUACAGGUUUUCCUUUCCGUUCCUGGCCUCUCAUGUGGUCUCAGUGUCUGAGAACAAAGCAUCUCUUUACAAGUAUGUGUUUCCCCCCGAGCUGGACCGUCCUACACUGGCUAUCAUUGGUCUAGUGCAGCCACUGGGAGCUAUUAUGCCCAUCUCUGAGAUGCAGGCCAGAUGGGCCACACGUGUCUUUAAAGGGUGUGUCAAGCUUCCCUUAAUGGCUGCCAUGCUAAAAGAUGUCCAGUGCAAGCAGGAGACCAUGGCUAAAAGGUAUGUCACCAGUCAGAGACACACCAUCCAGGUUGACUAUAUCAGCUACAUGGAUGAGAUAGCAGAGCUGGUGGGGGUUAAACCCAACAUCCCAGGGAUGCUGCUGACUGAUCCCAAGCUGGCACUAAACGUGAUACUUGGUCCCUGCACGCCAUACCAGUAUCGUCUCAGAGGGCCAAGAAAGUGGGCUGGCGCCCGUCAGGCAGUCCUCACUCAGUGGGAGAGAGUGGUUCAGCCCAUGCACACCAGGCCCUGUGAUGAGCCCAAACCCAAGAGAUCAUUGAAGUGGCCUCUGAUUCUGUCAGCUGCUGCUGUGGGCUUGGCUGCAUACGUGCACAGGAGCAACCUUCCAGCUUUCCUACAAGAUCCCCCAGCACUGCUUGACAAGAUAAAAGUGUACCUGCCUGCAAAAUGAUGUGCCUUCAAUUCAUUUUUGAUGGAAUUGUAUUGAUGGUAGGGAUUUAUAAUAAUUAACAUAGUCAUCCUAGACAAUGCAGCAAUAUUCGGAUCAUUCACUAACAUAUAAGUAGAAUUCAAAUUUAAAUGUAAUUAAUUAAUAUAGAUAUAAAUGUCAAAAGUAAAACUACACAUUUCAGAAGUGUUAAAUUUUUAAUGAGUAGAUAAGUAUUUUAAUGUUUCAGAUGAUCCAUAUAGUCUACUAUAUUGUAUAGUGUUAGGUAAUUUAAUCUAAACUGAUGCAUCAUAUUUUAUAAGCAUCUAUGUAAAAUCUUUAUCUCAAAAAUAUGUAGUAACAACAGCCAUUCAAUAGUGGUGUAUUAAAUUCAAUAUCUCCCUCAUUUCAGUGUAACGUCACACAAAAUGGAAGUAUUGAAGUACCUACAAAUUGUACGCAAGAACGGUACUUCUGUAAAUGUACUACGUUUGCACCUCUGGCAGUUUCUUAUAUAUUACUCAAUAUCUAGGCUGGACCAUAAACGAAGAUAAUGUACAUUGGUCAAUGAUGCCACCUAAUGGCAGCUCCAGAAUUCACCUGAUGUUUUGUUUGAAAAAACUACAUGAAACUAUGUAUUGUAUAAUCCUCUGUCUCUCACUACAUCAUAAUGGGAUCAUGUGAUUAAAGGCCCCCCUCUAUAAUCUCUUGGCAUCUCAUGAUGUCAAAGACAGCAAUUUAGACUGUUUACAUUUUAAGGAUGAUAUGGUACAGUUGCGUGGUAACGAUUCCCCAUAAAUUUGAAGAAUUGACAUUAAAUUAAAACUCAACAAUACCAAUGCAUAUGGGGUGGGAGAAAUUGUGUAUAUUACUUUUGUGGUUUUUUUUUCUUCUUUACUCAAAUAAAGGAGGAGAGACACUGACUAAGGAUGCUUGUUCUGCAAAAUUUCACACCAUUAUUAUAAGCUCACAGUUGGCUUUGUUUUACAAAAAGCAGUAGGCUUGCUUGGUUUUAUGAUUCAGUCCAUUUGUGGCCAAGAAGAUUGUUAACCAUGUGUC